AUAUUGCCAGAUCGAAUAGCGCGAUCCAAUCUCCGUAUACAGCCUAACAAUAUUGCCGACCUGUCGUCUUCGUUGUCGAGGAGGAACCGUCCGAUACCCCGAUUCACUGUUAUAAAAUAUCCACCGGGCGCCGGUUUAUUGAUUCGUCCGUCGUCGUUAGUUGUACACCAGCAGCUGCCAAGUGUGCCACCCGGAUUCUGAUCAAUUUCCAUUUUUUUAUUUUAUUUAUUUCAUCGUUUUCUCCAACCCAUAAUCACCCUUGUCGCCAUGUACAACCUAAGCCGCUUAGGACGUAAUGUGUCGGAGAGCGUCCUGAGGACGACGUCCAUAUCAUCUGCCCGUGGACUCCAUGAAAUGCCUGAUCACCUCAAGGAUGUGCCUACGGCCGAGAACCCACGGUUCUUUGACAUGGUAGAAUAUUUCUUCCAUCGUGCGUGUCAGGUGGCUGAGGACAAGCUUGUUGAGGACAUCAAAGCCAAAAUGUCUGUGGAAGACAAGAGGAAAAAAGUUAAGGGAAUAUUGUUGGGCAUGCAGCCGUGUGAUCACAUACUGGAAACAUCUUUCCCGGUUCGUAGGGACAGUGGUGACUAUGAGAUGAUUACUGGUUACCGUGCACAACACAGUACACAUAGAACACCAUGUAAAGGAGGUAUUCGUUUUUCUUUGGAUGUUUGUCGUGAUGAAGUUAAAGCUUUAGCUGCUUUGAUGACUUUUAAGUGUGCAUGUGUUGAUGUACCAUUUGGAGGUGCAAAAGCAGGAAUUAAAAUAAAUCCAAAAUUGUAUUCAGAAAAUGAAUUGGAGCAAAUUACUAGGCGGUUCACAUUGGAAUUGGCUAAAAAAGGAUUUAUUGGACCCGGUGUAGAUGUACCUGCACCAGAUAUGGGAACUGGUGAACGUGAAAUGUCAUGGAUAGCUGAUACAUAUGCUAAAACUAUAGGGCAUUUAGACAUUAACGCUCAUGCUUGUGUUACUGGUAAGCCAAUUAAUCAAGGUGGAAUUCAUGGUCGUGUAUCAGCUACUGGUAGAGGUGUUUUUCACGGAUUAGAAAAUUUCAUUAUGGAGGCCAAUUAUAUGAGCUUAAUUGGUACAACACCCGGAUGGGGUGGAAAAACUUUUAUUGUUCAAGGUUUCGGUAAUGUUGGAUUACAUUCAAUGCGUUACUUACACAGAGCAGGUGCUACAUGCAUCGGUGUGAUUGAACAUGAUGGUUCUAUUUAUAACCCAGAUGGAAUUGAUCCUAAAGCAUUGGAAGAUUGGAGAAUUGACAAUGGUACUAUUUUAGGAUUCCCAGGCGCUCAGCCAUAUACAGGUGAAAACCUGAUGUAUGAACCUUGUGAUAUAUUAGUACCAGCUGCCACCGAAAAAGUCAUAACAUCAGCUAAUGCUCAUAAGAUCCAAGCAAAAAUUAUUGGUGAAGCUGCUAAUGGUCCUACAACUCCUGCUGCUGAUAAAAUUCUAAUAGAAAGAAAUAUUUUGAUUGUACCAGAUUUAUAUAUAAAUGCUGGUGGUGUAACUGUAUCAUUCUUUGAAUGGUUAAAGAAUUUGAAUCAUGUUUCUUAUGGUCGUUUAACGUUCAAAUAUGAACGUGAAUCAAAUUACCAUUUAUUAGAAUCCGUGCAAGAAUCAUUGGAACGUCGUUUUGGCCGUGUGGGAGGAAGAAUUCCUGUUACACCUUCUGAAUCCUUCCAAAAACGUAUAUCUGGAGCAUCUGAAAAAGAUAUAGUGCAUUCUGGAUUAGAUUAUACAAUGGAACGUUCAGCUCGAGCUAUUAUGAAAACUGCUAUGAAAUAUAACUUGGGUCUUGAUCUUCGUACUGCUGCUUAUAUCAACUCGAUAGAGAAAAUUUUCACUACCUAUAAAGAAGCUGGACAAACUUUCUAAUUCUUUUGUUUCUACUGUUUUGGUGGAAGCUUACUAAGGAAUUUAGGUGUUGACAAACUAGCCAAAUUCAUAUUUUUUAAUUACAUUAAACUUUUAAUUAUUAAUUAUUAUUACCAAGUUGAUAUACGAUCAGUCAUUAAUUAAACUAAUAAAAAGGAAUGAAUAACUUUUUCCUUGUUAACAAAAUUCAUCUUUUAAUCAAGACAUACUUUUAAAAAGUUCCUUUAUAGUACAAAAUCAAUGUAUGUUAUUUUAUAAGAUAUAAUUUACAUAAGUACUCAUUUGAGACCCAUUGAAUAUAAAAUUCCAUAUAUUUCACAACAUUGAAUUUGUACAUUAAAUGAUUAAAUAUCAUAAAUGAUUUUAUAGUAUCAGUAUUUUUGAUUUUGUUGUUUUAUAGAAUUAAACCUAAUGAAAUUAUCAUUUUAUGAAUUUGGCUAAUUGUUUUCUUUAUAUAAAAAUAAUGAAAACAUUAUUUAACUAUAUUGACUUAUUUGAAGUUAAAAAAUUCCAAAUCAUUUUUACUUUUAAGAAAAUAAAGUAUACGUGUUUAUUCAGUAUUGUAUUAUAAAGUUUUGAAUAUUUUAUUUUAUAUUCUUCUGGUAAAUGUAAAAUCUAACUUACAGAAAUUAAUUUAAAUAAAUAUACAAGUACAAAUUACUAAUCCAUGCUCAUAAUAUAUCACAAUAAUUUUAUUAUCAUAAUCAUAUAAUUGAAAAUGUGAGUAAAUUUAUGUUUUUUUCUAUUUUAUAAGGAAUAUUUAAACCAUAAAUUUUAGUUUACUCAUAUAUUAAAUUUAAAAUAGUGUAAAUCAGCAGUCAUCUCAUAUUUUAUGAAAUUGUAAAGAAAUAAUAAGCAUACAAAUUGUUUAUAUUGUUUUGGAAUUUUUUUCGCGUUUUAAGUUAAUAAUUUUAAAAACUAAGAGUAUUAACUAUUUGUUAGAAAUUGUAUUAAAAUUAAUAUAUUUAUAAUCAUCACUUAAUAUGAAAACUGACAAUACAUUCAUGUUGUUAAUAUUGUACGUAUUUUUAUUUUAAAGUAUGAUCUUAAUCAUACAAUAUUUUUAAUCUGAAAGUUUAAAUUAUAUUUAUUAAUUUUUGUUAUUAUUGUCAAUGAUAUAUAAGUAACUAAUUGCUUUAGUUGAAUUGUUAGUUUUGUUGAAUUAUUUAGAUGUACUUAUUACUUAUGUGUGCUAUUAAAUAACAAAUCAAGAAAUUCAAAGUUGAAAAUCUGUAGAAGUAAUUACUGUGGAUAAAAUUUUAACAGGAGAAUAAAACAAGUAUUACAAU